AUGGCCAAAAGGAAAAGGGAUAUCGAGGCCCCCAACCUCGGCCGCUCCGUGCGCGCGAACCCGUUCGGCCACGCCGAGAUGGAUCUGAACCCCGAUUACGAUGAGGUCCACCGAGAUGCCGACAACGAUGAGACGGAUGGAGAUGCCGACGACGAUAAGAUUGAUGGAGAUACCGUCAACGAUGAGACGGGCGGAGACUCCGGAGAGGCCAACAACGAGGAGAUAAACAUGUACAUCGACAAUAGCGUAAUGCAGCAGCUGCAGUCAAGCCAGCGCGUAGUUCAGAACGUUAUCGAUGAACUUCGUCGCCUCGGUGUUGAUCAUUAUGUCGAACCCCCUCAGGUUGUUGUGGUCGGAGAUCGGUACGCCGGCAAGACCUCCGUCCUAGAAGCCAUUUCUCGCAUCCGCCUCCCCUUCCAGGAUGACGUCUACAUGGCCUUUGUCACCGAGCUGGCGCUCCGUCGGAGCCCGCAGACUAAGGUCGCAGUCAGGAUUCGGACCGACGGUCGUGAUACUUUCAAUAGCUCCGGCCUCCAAGAAUCUGACCUCACGCAAAUCCUUCAGGGGGCAAAACAACACAUGGGCAUUUCUAACCGCAGCGCCGGACUCUCAGAAGAUUCCAGUGUGCUCCGCAUCGAGAUUGCUGGACCAGCCCUUCCGCAGUUGACGUUCGUCGACUUGCCUCGUUUCUGCCAUGCCGAGACGGGAAGCCAGAACAAUGGCAGCGUGGGACAUGCCAGCCGUCUAGCUGAGAAGUACAUGUCACAAGAGAACACCAUCAUUCUUGCAGUAUUCUCAGCCCAAAACGACCUCACCGCCCAGAAAGUCCUAGGCGAGGCUAAAAAGUAUGAUCCCGGCCUGGACCGUACUCUGGGAAUCAUCACCAAGCCGGAUGAGGUCGAAGAUCAAUCCACAAAGAGGUGGACUUAUUUGGAACUUUCUCAAAAUGAGGAACCCUCGCACAGACUCAAACUUGGGUGGCACGUCCUGCGUAAUCUGACCAAACAAGAGGCAGGUUCCACGGAAAUAGAGUGUGUGGCAAGGGAGUACCACUUUUUCCAAGGUGGCGUUUGGGCCAUGGUUAGCCCUGAGGAUCGUGGAAUCCAAACGCUGCGUGGAAAGCUAAGCCGGGCCAUUCUCACUCGCAUUCAGCGGCAGCUUCCCGCCGUCAUCGCCAACGUUGAGGAGUACAUCAAAACCCGCAAGGAGCGACUGGAUAGGCUGGGACCACCGCGGUGGUCAGCCGCCGACAUCAGAAAGUACUUGAUCGGCAUCAGCAAUCGCUUCCAACGCGUGGCACACAACGCGAUUCAGGGAAAUUAUACCGACGACUUUUUCGGCGGACCGUAUCCAAAGCCGUACACACCAGCACUAGAGGGCGACAGAAGAAUUAGGAAACUCCGCGCGUUGGUCAGGGACCUGAACCGGGCCUUCUGGCUUAUCCUUACGACCAGGGGUAGCCGGCGUCAAAUCGACUUGGGCGACCGGAAUUCGGUGGCGACGCCCAAACACCUGGAACCUCUUCUCGCCCUUUACGUCCUAGGUGAACGCGUUUCCAUUUCCAUCCAUGACCUCACCAAAGAGCUCGACAAUAUUGCAUCAGAGAACCAGGGCGUUGGGCUCUCAGGCUCUUUGAACGAUACGGUAGCCUUGGCCUUGUUCCGGGAUCAGUCAGCCCCUUGGAUUGCGAUAGCUGGGCAGCAUGUUAAAUUCGUCGUCCGCUUUUCACGAAGGUUCGUCGAAGAACUUGUGAUCCAUAUCGCUGGGCCAGAUUGGACAACUGCCAAUGCAAUAAUCGAACAUCUUGUGGUCCCUUAUUUCGAACAGAAACAGGCCACCCUUCAAGCAAAAGUAUUGGAGCUGCUUCAACACUACAAAGCCGGUUCGGACCCUCUGCCCUUGUCCAACGAUAUCUUUCUCGAUCGCGUGCCAAAGCGACGGAGCGAGUGGUUUUUAGGACAGGGCCAGCAAGUCCCAAAACGUUUCAAGAUCUCUAGAAACGAUGAAGAUUCGGAUGGCAGCACCGACGCGACUCCCGAGGUGCUCCAAGCCUCAUCCGAGACGUCAUUAAGGGUGUUCGCCAACAAUGUUGUGACGUUAGGCCUCGAGAACUGUCUGAUUUCCGACAUUCCCAACAUCCUUUCUCCGGAGGUUGUGUGCAACCUGACUGACGACGAGUUAAGGAGGCUUGCUGCUGAUUCCAAGCAGAUCCAAAGCGAGAGGGAGGAGCUUCAGGUACAAAUAGGCAAACUGCAAUGGGGGCUUGGUGCCUGUCGCCAGCAUAGGCCGAGACACUUGAACGGUAUGAUGGCAACACAACCUGUCCUCCCCAAAGCGGAGCCAGAGAGUGAGCGGCAAUUAUCUCCAUUGGAAAGAAUAGCGCCCGUCUCGACCCAAUCCAACCCGGCCCCAACCUUCCCAUCAUUUGCCAACAGUAUCUCGACUGACAGCCGAGAGCCAACUUCUCAAGCGACUGGCAAGCUCGCUACAGGCCACCACACGGCGGAAGCCGCACGGCUUACACCCAAAGAAAGCCAGCAGAGUACCCCGGGGAAAGCCUUUUUUGAAUUGGCGCCGCCGCCUAGCUCGCCCAACACUGAGAACGUUGCUCGCUGCACCUCGCUUUUUGAUGUCUUCAACCCCUAUGGGCGUAAUAUCUCGCUGCCGGUCAGAAUGCCGCCGCCAAAUCCUUUCUCUUUCUUUUGGAAGACCCCGCCCACUGAUUCCGGGGCCAGCGGCACGUCGAACACUGGGAUCACCGGUACAUCCAAUACCGCGGACACUGUUCUCCGCCCCUCGCCUUUCGAUGUUCCCGGCCACCAUUCAGUGCCUAUCGUCGAACACCCGUAUGGCGGACGCAAGCCUGAUUCUCCCGAUUUAUACAAUGGAGACGAGCUUUCUAAUCUCUAUGACAAUUACAAUAACGCUGGUCCCGGCGCCAGCGGCACGCCGCCGCCUGGGGAUGGGGAGGAGACGGGGACCAUUUCUGACGGCGUAGGCAUGUUUUUUGACGCCCCUGACCUGCCUGGUUCAGCUUGGUCCCCUUUUGAAUUCAGUUAG